ACAAAGUCUUGCUCUGUCACCCAGGCUGGAGUGCAGUGGCGCAAUCACUGCUCUCUGCAGCCUCCACCUCCUGGGCUCAAGCUAUUCUCCUGCCUCACCCUCCUGAGUAGAUAGGACUACAGGCACGUGCCACUACACCUAGCUAAUUUUUUAAAUCUUUAGUAGAGACGUUGUCUCACUGUGUUGCCCAGACUGGUCUUGAACUCCUAGGUUGAAGGGAUCUUCCAGCCUCCGCCUCCCGAAGUGCGGUAUUACAGAACAUAUGCAGUAAUGUCACCUCAAAAGAGAGUUAAGAACGUCCAGGCACAAAACAGGACUUCACAAGGUAGUAAGAGUUUUCAGACCACGCUUUCAGCCUGGAAAGUAAAACAGGAUCCAAGCAACUCAAAGAACAUCUCAAAACAUGGGCAAAACAAUCCAGUGGGAGAUUAUGAACAUGCUGAUGAUCAAGCUGAAGAAGAUACUUUGCAAAUGGCAGUGGGAUAUUUUGAGAAAGGUCCCAUUAAAGCUUCACAGAAUAAAGAUAAAACCUUGGAAAAACACUUGAAAACUGUGGAAAAUGUGGCUUGGAAGAAUGGGUUAGCUUCAGAAGAAAUUGACAUUCUAUUAAAUACUGCACUCAGUGGCAAAUUUGGAAAUGCUGUAAACACACGGAUAUUGAAGUGCAUGAUCCCAGCAACAGUAAUAUCAGAAGAUUCUGUGGUUAAGGCAGUCUCCUGGCUUUGUGUUGGCAAGUGUUCUGGUAGCACCAAGGUACUUUUUUAUCGUUGGCUGGUUGCAAUGUUUGACUUCAUUGAUCGUAAGGAGCAAAUUAACUUACUCUAUGGCUUCUUUUUUGCUUCAUUGCAAGAUGAUGCACUGUGCCCUUAUGUUUGCCAUUUGUUAUAUUUACUUACCAAAAAAGAGAAUGUCAAACCAUUUCGUGUGAGAAAACUGCUUGAUCUUCAGGCCAAAAUGGGAAUGCAGCCUCAUCUCCAGGCUUUGUUGUCACUGUAUAAGUUCUUUGCUCCUGCUCUGAUUUCAGUAUCUUUGCCUGUAAGGAAGAAGAUAUAUUUUAAGAAUUCAGAGAAUCUAUGGAAGACGGCUCUGCUUGCCAUGAAGCAAAGAAACCGGGGACCUUCUCCAGAACCUCUGAAGUUGAUGUUAUGUCCAGCUAAUGUUCGUCCUCUAAAAAGAAAGUGGAAUUCUCUCUCAGUUAUACCAGUGCUCAAUUCCAGUAGCUACACUAAAGAAUGUGGAAAAAAAGAGAUGAGUCUUUCUGAUUGUCUGAAUAGAAGUGGAUCAUUUCCACUAGAACAACUUCAAAGCUUCCCCCAACUUUUACAGAACAUCCAUUGCUUAGAGCUGCCUUCUCAGAUGGGCUCAGUGCUAAACAACUCUCUGCUGCUUCACUAUAUUAACUGUGUCAGAGAUGAGCCAGUCUUGCUGAGGUUUUAUUACUGGUUGAGUCAAACAUUACAAGAAGAAUGUAUUUGGUACAAGGUGAAUAAUUAUGAACAUGGAAAAGAAUUUACCAACUUCCUGGAUACUAUCAUCAGGGCAGAGUGCUUCUUACAAGAGGGGUUUUAUUCCUGUGAAGCAUUCCUGUAUAAGAGCCUUCCUCUCUGGGAUGGCCUCUGUUGUCGGUCACAGUUCCUUCAGCUUGUGAGCUGGAUUCCUUUUAAUAGCUUCUCUGAGGUGAAACCACUUCUUUUUGACCGUCUAGCACAGCUCUUCUUUACAUCAACCAUUUAUUUCAAGUGUAGUGUUCUCCAGAGUCUGAAAGAGCUAUUGCAGAAUUGGCUGUUGUGGCUUUCUAUGGACAUUCACAUGAAACCUGUUACAAACAGUCCUCUAGAGACAACUUUGGGUGGAUCCAUGAACUCUGUGUCCAAACUGAUCCACUAUGUAGGGUGGCUAUCCACUACUGCAAUGCGCUUGGAGAGCAACAGUACUUUCUUGCUGCACUUUAUUUUGGAUUUCUAUGAGAAGGUGUGUGACAUAUAUAUAAAUUAUAACCUUCCAUUAGUGGUAUUGUUUCCUCCUGGGAUCUUCUAUUCUGCACUCCUCAGCCUGGAUACCAGCAUCCUGAACCAGCUGUGUUUUAUUAUGCACAGGUAUCGUAAAAAUUUGACUGCCGCAAAGAAAAAUGAGUUGGUACAAAAGACAAAAUCAGAGUUCAAUUUCAGCAGCAAGACUUACCAAGAAUUUAAUCACUAUUUGACAUCAAUGGUUGGUUGCCUGUGGACGUCCAAACCCUUUGGGAAAGGAAUGUUUAUUGACCCUGAAAUCCUAGAAAAAACUGGAGUGGCUGAAUAUAAAAACAGUUUAAAUGUAGUCCAUCAUCCUUCUUUCUUGAGUUACGCUGUUUCCUUUUUGCUACAGGAAAGCCCAGAAGAAAGGACAGUAAACGUGAGCUCUAUUCGGGGAAAGAAAUGGAGCUGGUAUUUGGACUAUUUAUUUUCACAGGGGUUACAAGGCUUGAAACUUUUUAUAAGAAGUAGUGUUCAUCAUUCUUCCGUUCCCAGAGCAGGGGGCAUAAACGACAACAAUCAGUAUUAAAUGAAUGUUGACAUAAACUGAGCAUACUGGACUAAACUCACUCCUCAUUGCUAGAGCAAAGUGGCUCAUCUUGAGUUCCCAUUUUUAUUUCACUGACAGACUGCCAUCCUCAAGGAGUACUCAGACUGGCCUUCUGUUCAUGGCUUAGGAGAGCCUUGGUGUGCCUAACUGAUUUUUCAAAAUUUAGAUUUUUUUAGCCUACCAGUGAAAAAUGACCCCUUCAUCAUCAGGCUCUGCGUUCUACCAAAUUGUAUAUAAAAAGACACAUCUGUUUUGUGGUAGGAUUUUUUCACAAUUUUGGGUACUAUGAGCUGCGUUGAUGGAAGACAGCAGGCAAUAUGUGGUGACAGUUAAUUCACAGACAUAAACAUGCAAAAUACUUUGCUGCCUCUGGGGAUAUUGCCAUUUUUCUUACUGUGAACAACAGCACCAACACCAAGUUAACAGGAUGCAACAUGUAUGACUCUAAAAGCCCUAAGUAGUUGGUAACUUCCUGGGACUUCAGUCAUAGCAAUUUGAUGAGGGAAGGAAGGGGAGAGGAUUUGUUGGGUAAUCAAGACAUUUCCAUAUAUGUCUGAUUUCAUGGAACUGCUCUAUUUUGUUUGUGUGUAUUGUAUAUGUAUAUGUGUAUGUGUGUGUGUCUGUAGCUUCAGUUUUUAAGUGUAAGGACUAAAUAAACUAACUGAAAUUUUAC